CUGCCCGUCUGCUGUGUGUGUGAGUUCGGUGACAUCAAUAAGACACGCAGAUCCGUGUUCUCCGGGGGACUGACAUUAACUCAUUCAUAAUCAAGGCUCUAGGGACAUCGCGCGGCUCUUUUAGACAUCAGAGGGGGAGAGGGAUCUGGUGGUGUAUAUUUCCAGCAGUUUUCCAGCAGGUGUUACUGAAGGAUCCAUCACAGACUAUCAGCAGGGUUCAUGAAACUUUGCUACGAUUUGCGAGCUGGGGCUGCCAUACACAAUGUUAAGGUAAAGCCUAAAGCAGCUGUGUUGAACAUGCUAAAGCGGCUGGACAAAAUAAGAUUCCGUGGUCCAAAGCGAGAUGACUUCCUGGAUUUACCCGAGUCCCCCACGGGGUCGGACACUGAAUUUAGUGAUGACAUGCUGCUGAGACCUCGACCUUCAAUACGAGAUAAUGACGAGCAAAGAGAUCUUGCUGGCUUGGGGACUUUGUCUGUCAUGCAAGACCUGAGGAGUGAAUCGGAACGUCUCAAUGAGGUCAAGGGCCAUUUGGAAAUUGCCUUACUGGAGAAGCACUUCCUACGUAAGUACUGGAGGGAUGUCUGUGCUUGUAUUCUGUGUAUGCUAUAUGGAAUAUAAAGCUGAACAAAAGUUGGGAUGCCCUUUAUGUAUAUGUACAGUGUUUCAUUCAUACCUACAGGUUAUGCAGUAGUAAUAGUGGGUCUAGCAUGCGUUGUAUACCAUGUCAAAAAUUUACAGCAGUAUGAUACAAUCCUUUUCAA